UCAUUGGUUUGCUCUUGGCGCAGUCGUGUCGUUUCGUGUGUGCGUGUGCGUAAAUACAGUGUUGUCAUAUGACCAAGAGAUGCACGUGACAGAUUUAUUUACAUUUUGAUUAUUAAAAAGUAUUUCUUUUUGGCGUAAGGCGUUGCGAUGAAUCAUACUACAUGUUUCUCAAUCUUUGUAAUUGAUUAAAACGGUAAAAUAUGUUUUGUAACAUCUACAAAACUUGACCCGUCUCAAGAUUUCUAGUUUGUUUGAAAUCCUAAAAUUGUUUCAUAAAAUGGCAUUGUUUGCUCGGUUUUUUUCUCAACGUAAAAAUGUUAAGAAGGAAAAUACAACUCAACAGUCUUUCAUCAACAAAAACACUCAAAGAAGACCUUUUGAUUUUGAACUUGAUCAAGUACGUGUCCUCCUAUUCCGCGAGUGUGAUUGGAGAGGUCGUAAGCUUCUGUUCGACUCUGCAGCUAAACCAAGAUCUGCCAACGAUUUAAAAAGCAAUGAACUCUCCAAUGACAAUAGGAAUUGCGGCGAGCAGGCUAGCACCGAUACAAACGCACUUGGAGAGGCGGUGUUCGGAUCUGUGGCGAUGCUGCUGGUUGGGCCAGCGGUCAAAGUGCACACUCUCAGCACUCCUCGUCGUCUCAUGUUGUCGUCUGUGUUUCGGUGCCCGCACGCGCGAACUCGCACAAGGCAGGUUAGCGAUCGUAGCGUUGACAGUUCUUAUGGCAGCUCCGUAAACUCAGCUAGUGAUCUUGCAAUCGAUACCAGUAAUGGCGACCUCAAACCAUCCAGUAGUUCCAAAUUUAUGGUUGUUGCAAAUUCAGUUGACAAGGAAGAAAGUAUUAACGACUUGGAAUGCUUCAGCAACUGCCCUCUACAUAGCUUAUCAAUUGCAGACUACGGAAGUGCAACCACCAUCAGCAGUGGUGAUGGGUCGUCUUCGGGCAGCCUGCGACGCAGAUGGGUGCGCAGUGCAGCGACUGCAGUCGCUCGACUCGAUGUGGACGCGGAGGCGGCAGCGGGGCGGAGGCCGAGGGGUGGCGCAAGGCUGGCCUUGGCUGUCAUCCUCACCUCUGACAACCACCAGCCCAAUGAAAUGGAACAAUUCCUUCUGGAGAGAAUUGCACUGCUUGUGCAGAUGAUGACAACCAUCCAGUACAAGGCGGAAAAGGCCUACAUGCAUAAAGAUGGCUUCCAUCAGAUUAUGACUGACGCCAGCUCUGAUGCGGCACAGGCCAUCCAUGAUCUGUUUUGUUGUAUGCGUAUUGAGGCACCUCUCUGGAUGAGCAUUACUUCGAAAUCUCAGCACAACACUGAACUUCGGUUGGAUCUCCUGACGAAAUUCAUUCGUGACUUGUCAUUUCUCCUUCAAACACUAGAUACGAAAAAUUCAAACUUCUUUAUGAGUACUCUGUUGACAGCAGUGCUGACUCAUCACUUGGGUUGGGUGCCAACCGUUUCUGACCAGAAUGAAUCAACCAGUGAUCAUUGUUGCUCCAAAAAAGGACAGCUAUCGGCUCUGUCCGAGUGGCACCCGUACAGCGCGCUGUGGGCCCAGCUGGAUGACUUGAAGGGCGCCCUAGGCACUCCGUCCAAAGUGGCGCGAACCAUUGUCAUCGGCCGAUCCGAAUCGCUGGUCGUCAAAGUGCUCUCAGUGCUCAGCUACUUUGUGCGUUGCGGCCGAGUCCAAAGCCGCAAAGAGAGCAAGAUAGACAACGACGACGAGAAAAAACUGUUUGAGACUGUUACAAUACCCGAAAUAAAGACUGAAAACACCGCAAAGAAGACUGAACUGUUGCCUGAAAACGAUACGAAAGCAUAUUUCCGACGACGAAUGAAUGGUCAUUUUAAUAGACAGAAUACGAUGAGAAGUGUGAAGUCUGGCAGUAACCUUGUGAAGCAGGGGUCCGAGUUGGAUCCGGCCCUUAUCUCUGACAAAGUUACAAAACUGUGUCGGGUGCCACGGUCAGCUGUCGAGAACCACGAUAGUCCUCCCAACGACAAUAACCUAUUAUCGGUGCAGAACCGUUUGUCACGCACUCAACUGAUCAGUCCACGCGAGAAGCAACAGCCCAGUGUCGAGAUGAAGAAUUCGAUCAACUCACACAAUGACAGAGUGGUAGACUGUGAGGUGUCAGUUGUUGUCGAGUCUCCAAAGACGAACGGUGUUGUAUUCAUGGUGGGGGACGACGACAGAUUGGCAGCUCUAACGAGGCUGGGCAACAAUAACCUGGAGGAAACUGAUAGACCCAGUGAUGAGGUAGACUUCAUCAGCAGUGAUUUCACGAAUAGUUGCUCUUCAGAUACAGAUGAGAAGGAUGCUUCGGAUGCAAAAUCCAAACCGACUGAGCAUCUGGAGAGCAGUCACAGUUUUCCGGAUGUGCUGAGAGCCAAGCAAGAGUUGGAUAACAGUUUGAGUCGGUCGAGUGAUAUUGGUGGGGUGUGUCGGGAGGUGAGGCCGGCUCCUGUCGAUCGUGGUAAGCUCAAAUCUGGGAAGGAGACUUGUGAGAUCGACACGUCUGUGCAGUUCGCUUGUGAAAUCGAGACGACGGACAGCUCUGUCGAUUGCAAGCAAACCGAUAAGCCGAAUGUCGACUGCAGUAGGGUUUACUUAGCGAUACCCGAUUCGAGGAGAGAUGAGGAAGAGACUGAAGUUGAGCUGGCAGCGAGCGUGGUGGGGGGAGUGAGUGACCACUACGUGCAGUGCAUGGUGGUGCAAGGACUGGUCCAAGUGCAACCUGCACCUCACCGCAGCUGGGAGGCGGACUUGCGCCGUGAUCUGUUCAUGGAGGUGCGAUCUCCUGUGCUCAACCAACAGCAUGAUGAGGCCGUCUGCAUCAUCGCCGACCUCGACAACUGUGAAGUGAGGGUGAUGUCCAGCCGGACGCCGGCCAUUGAGCGGAUGGCAGAGGGUGGUGGGGGUGGCAAAGGAGUGAGAGCCAUCAUGUCGCGGCUGGUUGCUGACAUGCUCGACGCACAACUACAUCUCUGCAAAAUGAAUGUCCCACCACAGCUGUGUGCGGAACACAUGGAGGCGAAAUUGGACGAGUUUGUAGGACGCAGCCGUACACUAGCGGAACUGCUGUUGAGCUGCGCAGAUUUGAUGCGCAUGGACACUCUUACCGCUGCCCUGGAUGUGGAUGCCAGUGACGUCACACUCCUAAUGGCCAUCGCAUCUGUGCACACGCCUCAGCUGGCUUCGCGCUGCGGCAUUACCAUCAACUGAACCAACACUAGAACCAUAGAGGCCAACUUUCUUCACUCCAAGAUAUGUCACACUAGAACCAUGGAGGCCGAAAGGCAACAACUUUCUUCCCUCCAAGAUAUCAACUGCCUGGUAUGAGGUAUAGUAAGAUUCAUUUUGAACUGUCAGCAAUGGGAAACAUUGAUGUUCUUUAUAAAUUAAUGCUGUCAAUUUUAAGUGAAAAUCACUACAGUGCAUGUGAUCGAGAAUUGUUUUUGUCACAGGAAAAUCAAAUAAAAUUUUAUUGCCUCAAAAUAAUACACAAAAACAAUACGUUAUAUAUUAGAAAAAAAUCACCUGAAAGUACAAAAAAUACAUAAUGAAUAAAAUUUCUUAAAAUAGAUUCGAUUUUUAGAAAGAUAUAACAUAUUACUCUGAUCCCAAAAGUUGAUUUAGAAUAUUGUGCGUUCAUACGACGGAAUUCUCUCACUUAUAUAAAUUUAAUCUCAACAAUAUUAUAUUUUUUUAAAAUAUCGUCGGUCAAGUGUAGUGAUCGGAAUACUUAAUUUUUGGUUAUAAUUGGAAACGUUUUUAAAACUCUAAAAAUUAUGAAAAAAUUAACGUCGAAUUUUGUGUGUAUCGAUGUUUCUGUGUGUCCACAUGACAAACUGUUCACUCAUUUCAGUUAUUCAACUCUAGUAAAGAUUCUAAUAAGAAUAACAAUCUUCAUUGGCCAUUAAACAAACAGAGAUUUAAUAGGCUUCGUCAAUUAACUUAACACGGGUAGUCAAACAUCUAUAAAAAAUUAAAUCCAAAAAUAAUAAUUUCCAGUUACAAUUCUAGGAUAGGCUACUAAUGUCACAGUCCAUUACAUAUAUGACUCUUAAAUAUUAUAAAAUGGUGUUUUCUAAGCCAAUUAUUCAUCACUGACUUGAAGCGUUUAACAUGUAAAUUUCUUAAUAAAACAAUAUUGAACUUGAAGUACCCUUUAUUAUUUAAAAUAUUACAACGACUAGUUUCGACCAUAACUUUCAGGUCAUUUCUCAUGAAAAUUUCUUAUUCUAAGAGGAAGUUAUUGAAUAAUAUAUUUGAUACAUACUGGUAUGACUUUUAUGUAUUUUAGACAGUCUUACAUAAGGUGUUUGAAGAUCAGAGUUUAUUCUGAUUUUAUAGUCAUCAUUAUCACUAUUUCGAGAGAAACUGUUUAAUUUUUUCUUAACCUGCAGCAAAUUGUAAUAAAUAUACAGUUUUUGCAUUGGUGUUUUGUCAUAAAGCACAACCGCAUAGCUAAUCAGAGAAUGGAACAGGCAAAAAUAAGUUUAAAAUGUUUGUGUACUUACAAAAUAUUGAAGUUUUCUUAUAAGAAACCCAACUCUCGAAACUCUCCUGCAUACAAAUUCAACUUGUUAUUUCAAUGUUAACUCACUAUCUAUGUACAAUCCCAAUAGCUCUAUUUACUGCUCUAUUCUCACAAACAUUAUUAAAUAGUGAAAAAAUAUAUAAUCAGUUCAUCAUUGUUAAUUGCUAAUCUAUCAGAUUCAAACUAGGCUGUAGAUGAUUGGAUACUUUCUAAUAAUAUUGAUACA